UAAAUGACUGUUAGCCAUGUCAUUUUGCCUCACUGCAUUAACUUGCCUCAAUGUUCUCUUCCCCCGUUCCCGCCAAUCAGUGGUGUUGGACGACUCGAAGCGCGUGGCCAAGCGGCGUCUGAUCGAGGUGAAUCGACAGAAAAGAAGGAGAGAGGAGAUGGUGCGGACAUCGCAGACAAGAAUGGAGCCAAACACGGCAGAGUGGGAGCUGAUCAGGAUGGUUACAGAGGCCCACCGGCUAACUAAUGCCCAGUGCACUUGCUGGAAACAGAAGCGCAAGUUCCUGUCGGAUGACAUCGGCCAGAGUCCGAUGUUGCCUACUUCCGAAGGAGAUAAGGUGGACCUGGAAGCCUUCGGCGAGUUUACCAAGAUCAUGACCCCUGCCAUCACGCGCGUUGUCGAUUUUGCCAAGAAAUUACCCAUGUUUUCAGAGCUGCUUUGUGAAGACCAGAUCAUCCUGCUCAAAGGCUGCUGCAUGGAGAUCAUGUCGUUGCGGGCCGCUGUGCGCUACGAUCCGGACAGCGAGACGCUGACACUCAGCGGCGAGAUGGCCGUGAAACGUGAGCAGCUGAAGAACGGCGGAUUGGGAGUGGUGUCAGACGCCAUCUUUGAUUUGGGCAAGAGCCUGGCUCAGUUUAACCUGGAUGACUCGGAGGUGGCUCUGAUGCAGGCCGUGCUGCUCAUGAGCUCAGACCGGUCAGGGCUGACCAGUAUGGAAAAGAUAGAGCAGUGCCAAGAGGCCUACCUGUUGGCAUUCGAGCACUACAUCAACUACCGCAAGCACAACAUUCCCCACUUCUGGCCCAAACUGCUGAUGAAGGUGACGGACCUGCGCAUGAUCGGAGCUUGCCACGCUAGCCGCUUCCUCCAUAUGAAGGUGGAGUGUCCCAACGAACUCUUUCCCCCACUCUUCCUGGAGGUCUUUGAGGAUCAGGAAGUGUGACUCGAAGAACGUUACGGGAAACAACACACCACACACUGAUGAAAUGACAUGCUACAUGCCAGGGAACAAGAACAGUGAAAGGACACGCCACAGUGCUGGGACAUGAUCCCCGGUCUCUUGGUUGAAAGUCCUGUGUUGUUUGACCCAUUCACCACCCCUCAACCAACCUCCUUACAUGGCAUUUAAUAGUACAUUCUACUGUAGUCGUGUUGUGACCACAAAACAUGCUUCCCAUUUAAAUAUGGGUAAUAUUAAUAUAUAUUACUUUUUAAAUCGUCCUCACUGACACAAAAAACAUUAGUCAUUGUACACGAUUCCGUAGAUUAAAUAAUGUGACUAUUUCACGAAUUGCCGUGAGACUGGGUUGUGUGAACGCACAGGGAAAACAUAUGCAAACACAAAUCUCAUCCCUUAACUCCUCUGGCACCUCAGCUGUGCUCUAUGCCUAAACAAUAGCAAACGGAGGGGCUUGUUAAUGUUUCUAUAAACAUAAACAAGAGGUG